AUGCGCCCCACGCGCCGCCGGCCGGCCACGCGCCCCCACGCGCACCGCGCGCCGCCGGCCACGCGCCCCCACGCGGCCCAGCGCGCCCUACGCACCGCCGGCCACACGCCCCCACGCGCCCCAGCGCGCCCUGCGCACCGCCGGGUGCUUGGCCCCCGCUCGCCGCCGGCCACCUGCUCCCCCACGCGCCGCCGUCCGCCCUGCUGCCGGCGCCAUCCAGCGCGCCCUGCUCGCCGCCAGCCGCCUGCGCCUCCCUGCGCGCCGCCCCCCCACUCCGCGCGCCUCCCUGCUGCCCACACUCUGCGCAGCAGCCCCCCCACGCAUCGUCGGCCGCCGCUAGUGCGUCACCGGCCAAAUCCACACUCCACGCGCCUCUGCUCGCCCGCCCGCGCGCAGCCGGCUAGCUGCCUGCCCACGUGCCCGCUUGCGCGCUGCUCGCCUCCCGCCCGUGCUCCUUCAGCCCCAGUGGCCGACGCCCGCGCCGUUUCUGCUCGGCAGCAGCCGCGACCAGUCUUGCCUCUCUCGCCGCCCCUGGAUUGA